AUGGCAUACAAAAUCUACGCUAUACUACAAGGUUUGACACAAUUACGUUUUGGUAAGCGUCAAGAUUUUUUAACAAAAUCUAGACUUUUUAUGUGGCAACCAGCAUUAAAUUCCGGUCAAAUGUAUCCCAAUAUUAAAACACCUGCAAUGCCACUCUCUUUUAACCGCUAUGGCAUUGCACCUCCACCUCCAAUGGCCCCAAUUCAUCAAAACUAUAUGUAUGCAAUACCAACCAAAGUUAAUUACCCUUCUUACCAGCCAAAGAAAGAAAUCGAUGAUAAAAGGAAGCCAGGAAAUUUACAUCAUAUUACCAUAAUUAAUGCCAUAUUGCCAAAACCUUAUUUACCAACGGUACCUACCCAUAGCCAUCCAACAACUUUUCGAAAUUAUAGAACUAAUAGUAAACUACUGUAUCAUCAAUAUUUUAAUAAUAAUUUUGGGCGCCAAAAUAUGGAAAACUUAAAUAAAAUUAAUAUGCAACAACUUCAAUUGCAACAGUUGCAGCAACAACAACAGAUGCAGCAACAACAGCAAAUGGUGUAUCCUUCACCUUCUUUAGCUUUCAAUAUUAAUACACCAACGAAUGGGUAUAGGAAUACUAAUAACUAUAAUGUCAAUAACAAUAACAUCGAUCAAGAAAACGAAAUAAAUAAUCCGGUUUCCCAAUGUGGACGGAAAGCUAUAAAUGAUUCUAAUCAAUCUGCCAGCAAUGUCUUAUACUACUAUUGUAAUAACCGUAUAACUAACUAUAAAAAUCCUACCCAACAACAAUUGAUUUCUAUACCACCCACAACGUCGUCAACAUCUACAUCAACAACAACAACAUCGACUACAUCAACUACUACCACUAGUACGGAGGCGCCUACUACCACAACACACUCCACAAAAUCGGCUCGCUUAGAUUAUGAUUUUUUCCGCACCGAAAAGCCAAUAUUUUUACCAACUCCUAUUGCCCCUUUGGAAAACAGUUUUACCCCAAUAGCAACAUCUACCACAAGUCUUAGUAAUUCUAUUGUUGAUUUCGAUAAUGACAACGAUUUUAAACCACAGAGUCAAAAAUACAGACAAACGAAAUAUGAAAACAACAUACCUCAACAGCGCCAGCGACACCGUCAAACUGUAACAAGGUAUAACGACAUAAAGCGACAACAGCAGUAUACAACUGCUGCAGCUUCAACAUUUGACGAUAUGAAACUUCAUAGUUUCUUUACCAUAGAAGAUGCUGUUACCAGAGCUCCAGAAAUGCAAGUUUUCAAUGAUCCAUAUCAAGCAUAUAGACAUGCUAGAAGACAUCAUCAUAGCCAUCAGCGACAAACAACUACAACAAAACAACCCGAUACUACAACAACUACUAGAAAACCAAAAUUUAAAAGUUUCUUUGAUGAUCUGGAAGAAGAUGAUUAUACAAUGCCAGAAGUCUCCCAAUACGAUUAUUCGCUAUUUAGUAAUACCCCAAAGUCAGUUUAUCGGAAUUCGGAACUUCGUAAUGAGUUUAAAUUUCCUGAACAUAAUCAAAUUUUAGAUCAUACGCAUAAACCUACGGAAGACAAUGAACUUUUCGCUGUUGACGAACCAUAUUAUGGUAAACCCAAAAUAAAACAACAUAAUUUCGGAUUAUUUCAAGCUAUUACUGCCACUGCCAACACAACACCUGUUAUUACAACAUAUAAACCUUAUGACAAUUUCAGAGAUUACUUUUUAACUACUCACAAAAUGCCUCAUUCGUCUUCCUAUGACUUGAACCCCUUACCAUUAUCUACCACUACAGAAACAGUGUUAGCAAAUCUGGAAGCGAUAACCGAAAAAGAAAAUACCACUUCCAAUGUAUUUACAAACGAAGCUCGUACUUCAACUGCGGUUCCGAUUACAACCACCACAGAAAAAAAAUCGAGUAGAAUUAUAUUAAAAUCACCAUUAAACCUAAGAUCUCCGACAACAUUUAAAUAUCCAAAGCAAAGUGGAAUACGAAAAUCGUAUAAAAGUUUAACAUCUACCACCACCAGAGCCACGCCUUCAUUAAAAAAGGUACCAAAAUAUCAAAGACAAUAUAAAACAAAGAAAUUGAAACAAUUUAAACAUUUGUUUACAACUUCGAGUACAACUACUUCUACAACAACUUCCACAACAACCACACCCAUUCCGACUACAGACACACCUACAAAAAGGAUAUCAAUACGAUUAAUGCCAACAACUUCUACCACUGAAGAGCCGACAACAAAGAGAGCAAUGAUCACAAGAACAUUUUCAACAACAGAAGCAACAAGAAUAAAGAAAUUGAGACAACAGCCAACAGCUCUUUUUACCACUGAAACAACGAGCAGAAAGAAAAUGAAAUCACGUACUUCAACUACACCUACUAUAGCAGCAGUAAAUAGUACCACUACUAGAAGACAGUCUCCUAGACGAGGCUCUAAAAGAGCCAAUAUUCCCAAAGGUGAAGUGAAAAAAGAAUCUUUACAAUCAACUUUGAGAAAAACUGAAAAUAAAGGUCGACGCAGGUCUACUUCAACAUCUACAACCGCAAAACCUUUCAUAACUCGGACAGCAUCAAGUACAAGUACUACCACGCCUUCACCAAUAUCCACAAGCUUAAGAACAUCAUCAACAACGACAACAACCAUGAAAUCUAUAAUGAGAAUAGCCAAUAGUAAGUCACGUACAAAGCUACACAACGACGUUAAAUCGAUAACGAAAACUUCGAAAGGGGAGAAAGAUGACCGUAAAGAUUUCGAUGAGAGAAUGUCAUUAAAAUCUAUAACUUCCACAAUUUCCAGUGUACCACCAUUGCCAAUUGAAAUAUAUUUCAAAAAAAGUCAUGCUAAAUUAUAA